UGCAGAAAAUUUGACUCCGGAAUAUCGAGGAAGACAAUUAGAAGUGGUCGGACUAGUCUCCACCUUUCGGAGGCGAGGAAUGGAGCGCUCCAGGAAGACCGUACACUUCGAAAUGCUCAGAGAAAACUUUUCAACUUCACCUUCCUUGUGGAGAGACAAUUGACAACUCGCACGUGUCAAAAAAACAACUCCAGAUUGGUAAAAAUAGGCAUUUUCAUAGAAAAGUGGCGUUGAAGCUGGCGUUAAAACAUGAGUGAACUUCUGGAGGUUGACAUAUGCGACGGUGGCGCGUGUUCCGAAGACGAAAGCGGUGUGUUUGUCAACUCUGCCGCUUCCCUGCAAGAUGAUUUUUCCGGCUUUCACCAGUGGACUUUCCCGGCCGAGUCACCGAAUGACACAUCAUCAUCUCCGGGAGAGCAGGAGAUCCCCAGCGAGGGAGCAGCCCCGCCUGGCACCGUUACUGCCGCCCAAAGGACCGAAACGGCCGGUGACAGUGACUCUGAAUCCCUCGGGGAUGGAGUCAAACUGAGGACUUCCAUCGUGGACUGCCUGCUGGUGGAACUUUAUGAGACGUACAGCGGGGGCAGCAGGAGGAACGUGGACAGCUGGGACAGCUCCACAGAGGCGUCCGGAUCAGACGCCUUCCUGGGCCGGAGUACCUCCGGGUCCAGUUUUCUCCAAGAGCUGCAAGAGAAGCACACCAGGAGACACCAAAUGAACUACCUGGCUCAGAAAGCCCCAGAAGAGCUGUGUUCAAUAAUCCAGGAGGUGAAGUAUCGUACGGGCCUCCAGUCGGCCAAGCUGAUCCGGCAGCUGCGGAGACGGGACCGGCUUCAUCACAAACUGCAGAAGAACUACGACAUUGUGACGGCGUGCCUUCAGGCUGUCUCACAAAAGCGACGAAUAAUUUUUUGGAACGCGGGGGGAAGCCAUGAGGUGAUCGUCCCGGUGGAGCGGAGGGCGGGGGGCGGGGGCGGUGGGGGCGGCUCGGGUUCCGGGAUGAGGCAGGAGCGGCCGGCCGCCGCCGGCAGGAGGCCGAGGGCCAGCCUCCGGCAGCGGGCGCAGGGCUCGGGAGGGGUCGGCAACAUCAUCAGCAACGUCCUGAAGAAGCGCAACGGGAUCUCCAGGAGCGCCCCCCGGCUGCUCUGCACCCUGGAGCCAGGUGUGGACACAAGGCUGAAGUUUACCAUUGAGCCCUCCCUGGGGAAGAAUGGCUUCCAGCAGUGGUAUGAUGCCCUCAAAGCUGUUGCAAGGCUUCCCACUGGAAUCCCAAAGGAAUGGAGAAAAAGGGUUUGGCUGACGCUAGCAGACCAGUACCUGCACAGCAUCUCUAUCGACUGGGAGAAAACUCUCCGUUUUGCCUUUAAUGAGCGCAGCAACCCAGACGACGACUCUCUCGGCAUCCAAAUCGUCAAGGACCUGCACCGAACCGGCUGCAGCUCCUACUGUGGCCAGGAGGGGGAGCAAGACAGGGUGGUGCUGAAGAGGGUGCUGCUGGCAUACGCCCGCUGGAAUAAAGCUGUGGGUUACUGCCAGGGGUUCAACGUGCUGGCUGCUCUGAUAUUGGAGGUCACAGAGGGGAAUGAGAGUGAUGCACUUAAGGUGAUGAUCUAUCUGAUUGACAAAGUGCUGCCAGAUAGUUAUUUUGCCAAUAACCUGCGUGCAUUGUCAGUGGACAUGGCUGUCUUCAGAGACCUGCUGCGCAUAAAGCUGCCCAGACUGUCGCAGCACCUCCACCACCUUCAGAAAGCAGCCAAUCGAGAAGCUGGAGGCAGCUAUGAACCUCCGCUUACCAACGUUUUCACUAUGCAGUGGUUUUUGACCAUGUUUGCCACCUGCCUUCCGGGGCCCAACGUCCUGAAGAUCUGGGACUCUGUUUUCUUUGAAGGCUCAGAGAUGCUGUUUCGGGUCGCUCUCGCCAUCUGGGAGAGAUUGGGAGAGAGGAUCGAGUAUUGCCAGACAGCAGAUGACUUUUACAGCACGAUGGGUUUCCUCACUCAGGAGAUGCUGGAGAACAACCUCCUCGAUCCUACUCAACUCAUGCAGGAGGUGUACUCCAUGGCGGUGUUUCCCUUCCCCCAGCUGGCUGAGCUGAGAGAGAAAUACACCUACAACAUCACUCCAUUCCCUACCUCAGUGAAGUCCAAUGGAAGCGGUGGUCUGGGCAGCUGGGAGAGUGACGACGAUGCAGAAAUGGACGAUGAAGACUCUGUGGUGACGGCACUGGGUUGCCUGGGGCCUCUGGGCGGCCUACUGGCUCCCGAGCUGCAGAGAUACCAGAAACAUCUCAAAGACCAGAGAGCGGAUCAGGGGAACAUGGCGGAGCUGAGCCCAGGCGCAGUGGGCACUGGAACGGGCGGAGGAGGAGUCGCCAAGGCCGAGCAUCAGGCGGCCAUCAACAGCAUGAUGAUGGAGAGAAUGAGCACUGACAUCUACGCACUGAAGAAGCAAUACACGCGCAUCAAGAGGCGGCAGCAGCAACAGGCUAUGCAGCUGUACAUACGCACAGGACCUGGACCUGAAGUGGCCACAAGUCCAGGGGUUCUUCAGGAGGGUCCCAACACACAGAACUACCUCGCUGACGACAAAUGUCCUGCCACACGUGUCUUGGCCUCGCAGCUCAAUCCUUCCAGUUCCGUGAUCAACCAUCUCCUCCUGGGCCGGACGCCACGCCACAGGCCGCCGUCCGCCAGCACUUGCUCGCCACCGGGGUUCCAGUCUUCUUUUCUGGCACACGGUCAGGGGUCCCCGUCCAGGCAGCGCAGAGGCUCGCAGCUCUCCAACAGCACCGGGUCGCUGGGCAGCUCCAGCUCUCCCUGGCGGGCUCACGUCCGACAGCACCGGCGGAACAUAGCCAGGGCUCGGGCGCAGCUCGGCUUUGAAGAUUCCGAAGAAAGGGAGGAUGAGGACGAGGAGGAAUCAGAAUCCGUCUUUUCAGAGUACGACAAGAGCAAGAGUACGGAUAAGAGAGGAGGGGAUGAGCGCAAAGAGGAGAGCGACUCCUCCGGACCUCCGUCUCCUAAUACCUCUGGUUCAAAUUCAGUUUGUGAAGAGGCUCAAGGGGGUUCAGACGCGACUCAAGAGGCAACGGUCGAAGAUGUGAUGGUGCAGCUCGACUCCCUCGCCCUGGAAAAUGAAACAAAGCCGGAGUCUAAACGUGCGAUCCCUGUCCCUCUUCUCCCUCCACCUCCGUCUUCAAACAGACACAAAGAGUCCGAGCUCUCCGCCUCAGAAAACGGCCCCGGCUCCGAUGGCCACUUUCCCGUGACUGCUCUACCUCUCCCUCACCACUCCUCUAACUCCUCCAUCAAUUCCUCAACUCCCACUUCCUCGCCCCCUCCGAUUCCCUUUUCAUCUUCCCCCGGUCCAUCGUCAUCAUUCUCUACUGCUGUCACAUCCACCCAAACACAAACGGCUUGCCUGUCAUCCUCCUCAUCGGCCAGCGGCUCGUAUGCUCUGGGUCAUCCCGUUUCCUCCACCUUUUACAAGACGUGCUCACCCUCCACCCCCUCGCUCUGCUCCAUUUCCUCAUCAAGGUCAAAUAUAUCUUCCUCCCCAUCAACCCCGACACUCUCCUCCAUGACCUCCACUCCCAAACAGCAGGUCUUCUCCCCGUUCCCUCUGGUGAAGCAGCCCAGGAAAUCGGCAGCUGCCAGAAACCUCGGCCUCUACGGACCCACGUCCCGAACGCCCACAGUACACUUCCCCCAGCUCAGCCGCAACCUCAACCGCAGCAGCGCCGCAGGGACCACGGGGACAACGGGGAGGCGAUGAAAACUCCACUACACGACGAGCGGGAUCUACUGCUACACCACGUUGCCUCCUGCACAUUGAGCAACCAAACCCCUUAUCUCAUUUGAAGCAGAAUGGAAAGUCUAUACAUGUGAAGCUCAGAUAAGUGAAGAAAGGUGAGCUAGUCUCGGGGAAAUUUUGGCUCAACAACCCCCUUGAAUUCAUAAGCCAUUACAGAGCAACUUUAAAGAGGUAGCCUACUAUAAAGAAAAGAAAAUAUCUUAAAUCAGCUUUACUGGUACCGUACACCUGAAGAGUUUGGGAGUGUCACAAGCCCUUUACAAUGGCUUAUGCAGGCCUUAAUUAACCCUGAUGGAAACGUUAUUGAAAAUAAGGAAGUGUGAUCUGAAGGCAAUGCCACAUCGUACAGUUUUGCGAUUGAGACUGAUUCACCUGCACAUCUCUUCAGUAGCAUGGCAUUCUCCUUUGACUGAAACACAAAGAUGGGACUUGGACAAAUAUUUCUGUCUUGAAUCAUAUUUACAAUAGUCAAGAAGAUAAACAUAUCUUUUCCUGUUGGUUAGCUCCAUUCCAUUGUUUCAAUGGCUAGUAUUGAAGUGCACACAAAACUAAACCUAGGAAGUUAUGUAUAAGAAUAAAAACAAAACUGUAUUUGCUCACAAACCUGCCAAUCACAAUUAUGUCCCAAAGCACUUAACUUUUUUUUCCCAUUCUGUAUGCGUCUUCUGUGUUUGACUUGUAUAUGAGGAAUGUAAUACCUCCAGAUGUAAUGUUGCAGCUUGGCCAGUGUUUGUUGAGACAGUUGGAGUGUAAAAUGUGGUCACUCUAAAAGUAAAAUGUCUUCAUUAUGAAAGUGGUAACAGGGAUGUAUGGAAUCUGGCAUUAAGAAAUUCCAAAUGUGGUGCUUUAUAAGGCAAAAGGAAAAAAGAAAACGACUUGGAUUAUAUUACUAGCUGUGUUCACAUAAAAUAAAAAUGUGUGCAGCACUAUAAAUGUGUCUAAUUUAAUGUUGG